ACCGGCACGGCCCUCCCUCUCUCUAUGGGUUGGCUUAUUUUCACGUUUGGUGUCGCCGCAGACCUUACUCCGGGCUCUGAGCAUGGAGUUAUCCUACCAGGCGAUGAGGAACGCGUCCCAGAGCAGAGAGGCGGAUGAACUGAGAACAGAGGCCCGGAGGAAGAACCUUCUUAUUCUCAUCAUGCAUUACCUAAUGCAGGAGGGUUACGUGGACACCGCAAAUGUCCUGGAAGCGGAAUCCAAACUAAACCUGAGGCGCUUGGAAGUUUGUGACAACAUUGACCUGGAAACCAUCCUAAUGGAGUAUGAGAGUUAUUACUAUAUCAAGUUCCAGAGAUACCCUAAGAUCACCAAGAAGGCUGCAGAUAAUGACGGCAAACUGCACUCAAAGCCUCGAAGUGGAGGAAAACUGAGAAGAACGGCAAGUAACUCUUCUCAGGGACUUCCAAGAAUCACCAAUCAUAAUAUCGUGCAGCGCCCAGCGUCGCGGACACACCCCAAGACACCAGAGAGGGCAGGAAACAGGGAAAUAACCACUAAGGAGAAUGGGUGCAACAGCCCCCCCGAGGUCUCCGAAUUUGGACUAAAUGUGUCCGCAAUAAACAAAGGACAAAGCGGCCCACAAAGGAGGGGCCAGAUCAUUGACUUUCGCGGCAUGAUCCAAGAUGCCAUAAAAGGGUCAUCGAACGAUAUCGCCAUGAACAGUCUGAACUACAAUCCCGACCCCUCGGAGCGGUUGCUAAAACCCGUCACUGCCUUUACUGGAGCCAACAGCGAGAUGAGAGAGCUGGCCGCGGUUAUAAGCCGGGACAUUUACCUGCAGAACCCCAAUGUGAGGUGGGAUGACAUCAUCGGGCUUGACUCUGCGAAGCGGCUGGUGAAGGAAGCUGUGGUGUACCCUAUUAGGUACCCGCAGCUGUUUACGGGAAUCCUGUCUCCUUGGAAGGGGCUGCUACUGUACGGACCACCAGGUACUGGGAAGACUCUUCUGGCCAAGGCAGUGGCCACGGAAUGUAACACCACGUUUUUUAACAUUUCUGCUUCUACAAUCGUCAGCAAGUGGAGGGGGGAUUCCGAGAAACUUGUGCGGGUUCUGUUUGAACUGGCCCGGUACCACGCACCGUCCACCAUCUUCCUGGAUGAACUGGAGUCUGUGAUGAGUCAGAGAGGAGCGGGACCGGGGGGCGAACAUGAGGGGAGUCGCAGGAUGAAGACGGAAUUGCUGGUACAGAUGGAUGGCUUGUCACGGUCAGAUGAUCUUGUGUUUGUGUUAGCUGCCUCCAAUCUGCCCUGGGAGCUGGACUACGCCAUGUUACGGCGGCUGGAGAAGAGGAUCCUGGUGGGUUUGCCCUGUAAGGAGGCCAGAGAGUCCAUGAUCCAGCACUGGCUGCCUCCUGUGAGUAACAGCGGCGGGGUGGAGCGGAGGACGCAGCUGGAGUACAGUGUGCUGGGAGAGGAAACAGAAGGCUACUCCGGAUCAGAUAUUAAACUGGUUUGUAAAGAAGCCGCCAUGAGGCCGGUGAGGAAGAUCUUUGACGCACUGGAGAACCACCAGCCAGGGAAUAAGGAUUUGCCGGUUAUUCACCUGGACACUGUCACCACGUCUGACUUUCUGGAGGUGUUGGCACACACCAAGCCCUCUGCAAAGAAUCUGGCCCAGAAAUACAGCGCCUGGCAGGCGGAGUUUGAGUCUGUGUGAGCGACGUCUCCCAGAGUGGCUGCUGAACGAGCAGAGGGAACCCACUGCCCUCU